GAACCCCGGGCCUACCAAAUGCAGGCGCGCCCCUUUUUUCGGAGAAUAAACGCCGCCGCGCGAUCGUUUUCGUCGUCGCCGUCGUCGUCGUCGUAGUAGUAGUCGUCGUAGUCGUUGGUAUCCCGACCCCAAUGCCCGACUUAUUGGCUCGCGUGUGCGUGCGCGGUGCGUGUGAUUCACCGGGGUCAAUGCACCGGUGUCCCGCGGUCGUUACCGCAGAACGCGUUGUAACGAAAAAAUCAAAACCGUGAUUUUCCUUUCUUGAAUAAAAUAAAAAAAAAUAAAUAAAUAAAUAGUUCUAUUAAUACCGGUGACGAUCAUCGUCAUUCGCCAAGGUUGUAUAUUAUAAUGUCGUAUAAUGAUAUGCGUCCGGACCAAGACGGGAAGACACCCGUGACGCCGCGGCGGCAUGUGUCGUGUGUUCUUUCGCGGGCGGUUGCCCGGGGGGGGGGCUCCCGUUUCCCACACGAAAAACUACCCCAUGCUCCACGUGUGCCCGGCAGGUGGGCCGAUGCAGCAGCAGCAGCAGCGGCAAUAGCAGCAGCUGAGGUCGGCGGCAUUAAGUUUUUAUUCUUAUACCGCUGCAACGUUCUCGUACCUACCGUUGACAUUGUCGCCGAGGUUUUUCGCCCCAACACCCACCACCACCACCACACACCCUUCUGCCCCGUUCUUUCAGCCCCGCGGUAUACACACGGUGCUAUGUGUGCACAUCACAUAUAGAGAGUCGUACGCAGGGGAACAAGAACGAAUCGACGGCGUUGUCGUCGGCGUUCGAUGACCUCCGUAUUUUUGGGCUUGUUAUUUUUCCCCUAUACGGUUCGCGAGCGCAUAUACGCGCGCUGCUCCUCCGCGGCUCCCCGCCGCCAAUCCCCGAGUUCGGCCGCGUUCGGUUCCAGUCGGCAGUCCGCGGUUCUUCUUAUCGCGGGUGCGUAAACACACACACUCUCGCACACGCGUAUAUAUAUAUAUAUAUAUAUAUUGUGUUGCGUACUAUAUACGCAGCGCACGCACAAACGCACUCACGCAAUGCUAUCGCCGCCGCCGCCAAAGCACGAAUCGCUGCUCGCGUGGGGAGGCACCACAACACCACAAUAAUAAUAAUAAUAAUAAUAAUAUUCGACGACAUUUAUACUUGUACGUACAGUCGGUGUAAACGCGCGCGCCGUUGACGCCGCCGCCGCUGUUCGCUCGCUCGCUCGCUCGCGCGCGCACACGCACACACACGCACGCUUGCGAACGUCCGUAUAUACACGUGCCGCCGCCGGGAAACCGAGAGAGGAGACCGUUUCGGACGGAACGCUCGCGCCGCCUUCAGAGGGCUUCAGUAGGCUGUUGACUGUUGGCCGCGGUCCCGCGACCGUGCGAUAAUAAUAUUAUAUUAUAUGUAUUAUAUAUUAUAUAUACUGCACGUCCGCAUCAUCGCUCAACACUCGUACCGCAAGCGUUCACCUGCAUAGUUGCGUCGUGUACUGCUUAUCUCGAGUUUUCACGAUUUCCUAAUUUUUUUUUUUUCUCAAUUUUUUUUCUCUACCUAUUAAAUUCGUUUAUCGUCCUCCGUCCGCACAAUAUCUCUGCACGCCGCGCUCGCCAUCUCAUCUGCUCAUCACUUUUCGUUUUCUUUCCCUCUCCUUGGACACGGCCGUAGGCAGCUGCGCCGCUCUCGUAUCGCUUAUACAUAUAUAUAUAUAUAUAUAUAUGUAUACACAUAAAUAUAAUAUAUAAUGCUGCGCGAGCGAGAGAGAAAGUAAAAGAGAGAGAGAGAGAGAGUGUAACUGCAUAGUUGCAGUAUAGUCUCUACAUCAUAUACUAUUAGUCUUGUCUAGUCUCCGGUACCGCGCGCUCGUCUCCCUGCUGUCAGUAAAUCCGCGGAGGAAUGCCCCAGUGAAAAAUGGCUCAACUUUGGGACAAGUCGCAAAAACAGUGGAUAAAAAAUUUCUGGCUCAACCUCAAAAACAACAACAAAAACGCCGGUGAAAAUGUUUUGGGCCAUGUAUCCGACAUGGUAGAAAUCAUCAAUGGGGAAAUGCCGAUAUUGAACUCGCCUGGUGGAGGAGGAUCGUCAGAUUUCGUUCGCGUUGGUAUCGACUGCACUCUAAGCCCGUUGAAGCCGGCAACUGCUACGACCGGUACCCUACACAAUCAACAACAACAACAACAACAGCUGCACCAAAAGACGGCUAUCGACGUCGCAGAGAACGCUUCCGAGGGAUCGGCGGCGGCGAUCAAGCGCGUGGUGUGCAGCCCGGACCUGCCGGUGUUCACCAUUACGCCGGUGGUCGAAGAGGCGGCCGUGAUCAUCGACUCGGCUAAGACGGCGGCCGCAGCGGUUGCGGCCGCGCCGGUUGCACUGCCGUCAGCGCACACGGCCACCGCGGUAUCCGACAAGUCUUUACAGUGCAACGUUUGCCACAAGAUAUUCAUGCAGAAAAACGCUUUCCAAAAUCACUUGCGAUCUCACGUGAAGGACACGACGACAGACGGCCCGUUCCAGUGCAACUACUGCAGUAAGUCGUUCACGGUGCCGGCCCGACUGACGCGGCACUAUCGAACGCACACCGGUGAAAAGCCGUACAAAUGCGAAUAUUGCGACAAACCGUUCUCGGUCAAAGAGAACCUGAGCGUACACCGGCGCAUCCACACCAAAGAGCGGCCGUACAAAUGUGACGUGUGCGAACGGGCGUUCGAGCACAGCGGCAAGCUGCACCGGCACAUGCGCAUACACACCGGCGAGCGUCCGCACAAGUGUUCGUUCUGCGACAAGACGUUCAUUCAGAGCGGCCAACUGGUCAUUCACAUACGCACGCACACGGGAGAAAAACCGUACGUGUGCAAAACGUGCGACAAGGGGUUUACGUGCUCCAAACAGCUCAAGGUGCACACGCGCACUCACACGGGCGAAAAGCCGUAUUCGUGCGACAUAUGCGGUAAGUCGUUCGGCUACAACCACGUGCUCAAGCUCCACCAAGUGUCGCAUUACGGCGAAAAAGUGUACAAGUGUACGAUAUGUAACGGCACGUUCACGUCUAAGAAGACCAUGGAGAGCCACAUCAAGAGUCAUUCGGACAACAGUGGCAGUGGUGGUGGUGGUGGUGGAACCGCAUCCGGAGCCGCGGCUACCGCUAAUGGCGUCCAGGUGACUGGCACCGCUGCGGCGGCUUCGACCCCCGCGGGAGCGCUGGUCAUUACCGUGCAAUCGUCUAACAAAAAAGACAUCGCCUCCGAGGGUGAAACUUCUUCGGGUUGUAGUAGCGACAAGGAAAACAGCAAGUCGACGGUGGCCGCGUCCGCCGCGGUAUUGCUUCAGCUGUCCGACGAACCGAAACGCGCCAAUCUCCUUCUACAGCAGCCGACCGCGGCGACGGCUACCGUAAUGGUUCGGGAAGACGGCGGCAAUGGCAUCGGAAAGUCCGACGACGACGAAGACGACGAGGACGAAGAGGAGGACGACGACGUGAUGGUGAUGGGUGUCGCUGACGUGGACACCGAACUCAACAAGCUGUGCCAGUACUUGUAUCCCAGGUUACCGGGAAACAACCGCAAACGCAGUGAUUACGAAGACGAAGAUGACGACGAGUACAAUUGCGACCAACCGCCUAGUCCGGCCAGCAGCUCUUCGGGUUCGUUGACUCUGACCAUGGACGUGUCGCCGCCACCAAUAACUCGUCGACAUCAAUAUCAACAGCAGCAGCAGCAGCAGCAGCAGCAACAACAACAACAACAACAACAACAACAACAACAACAACAUCAACAACAACAACAACAUAUGCAGCAACAACAACAGCAGCAACAGCAACAACAACAACAGCAGCAGCAGCAACAACAACAGCAGCAGCAACUUCACCAACAACACCUAGAACAGCAGCAGCAACAACAACAACGACAACAGCAGCAACAACAACAACAGUCGUUUCACACGAUGCAGACGGCUGCACAACAACAGCGACAGCAGCACGUGGAUUAUGUCAUGAGGUUGGCUGCCGAAGAUCGUGUAUCUCCCGUCCGGUACGAUACUCCAACCUCCGACGAGAUCAUGGAGAUGCCGCCCGUCGUGUCGUUGACCGAGGUACCUUCACCGCCUCCGCAGUCGCAACCAUCGCCACCGCUGCCCACGCAACCCAACGACCGAGAUCACUUGAGUCUGCCUCCCCGGAAACGGUCAAAAAUGAUACUCAAGUCGAUGGAGAGCACCGCCAAGAAAGAGGCGCAGUGCAGCCGAUAUAGCUCGGUAAUACAGUACGCCAAUAAGCCUCAAUUUAAACGUAAACGAUCGUAGUAUUUAUAUCUAAUAAUAUAUAUUAUCAUCACAAUUUAUUAUUAUUAUUAUUAUACUUACUUAUUUAUGAUAUAACUAUUAUUAUUUAUUAUUUCGCAUUAGAAUAAUUAUUAUAUAAUGAUAAUUAUGAUUUGACUAUCCCAAAUCUUUUUUUUGUUUUUUGCAACGUACACAUUAUAAUAUAACGCGGAACUUAAUUUGCCCAAUGAUAAAUAGUCAAGUUUAAUAUAAUUAUUUUACGUCAUUAGUGUUAUAGAAACAUUUAUUAUUUUAGUAUCUGUGAUAUGAUAAUACAUUAUUUACCAAAAUAUUAUUAGGUGAACCGUGCCACUGGGCGGGGGAACGACGUAAGGAGGGUUCCGAUAGUUGUUAUCAAAAAACAGGAGUAUAUAUAAUUAUUAUUAUUUUAUACGUUUUAGAACUAAUUGUAUUAUUAUUAUUAUUAUUUAUUUUUUAACAAAUAUUUUGAUUCUUCGUACGCGUUUCCUUCGGACGUUCCUUUCGUAUAUAGUUACGGUUUUUUUUUAGUCUGGGAAAAAUAUGCUGUGUACGCAUUAUUUAUAUUAUUUAUUUAUUAUUAUUAUUAUUAUUUUUUUUUUUAAUGCAAUUUUAGUCUAUAUAUUACUAAUAAUAUAAUAUAAUAUAGAAUAAUGAAAUCAUACGGGUAGUAGUUAAUUACAUUCUCUCGCUAGAGAAACAAAAAGUCUGUCGAGCAGUUUAUGCUAUAAUAUAAUAAUUAUUAUUAAUAUUAAAUUGCAUAUUUAAACACUAUUAAAAUGCAACAAGUUGUGUAGUAUCAUUGUUUUUUUUUUUUUUUGAUUCUUUUACUAGGUGCAUAGGACUAAGUAUAGUAAUUUUUAACGUAAUUGAAUAAUACAAAACAGAAAAUCAUCUACCUCAUUUGUAUGCCUUAUAUAUUAAUUGCCUAUAAUUAGAAAAAAACAGUACAAAUCAUAUUAUCCUAAAGUGACGAAACUCACUGAGGACCAAUUUAUAUUUAAUUAUUAUUAUUAUUAUAUUUAUUGUGUGUAAAAAUAUUUUAUGUGCGUGCGUGUGUGUGUGUGUGUGUGUGUGUGUAUUUUGUGAGUAUUUGUGCAUAUACACACACAUACACAUACUUACAGUAGAUUUUCGAUAUUAUUUGAACUUCAACAUUUUGAAACUAAAAAUCGUAUCUUUUUUCUUUUGUUGACCUUCGAGAUUCUAUCGAGACUACUGUACCUAAAAAAUUUAAUUUAAUUGUAAACAAUUUUUUAAUGUAUAUCAGCGUCAAUCAACAAUAUGAUUAUUGUUAGAAAUUAAUUUUUAAUAUGUAAAUACAUUGACUGUCUUCGUAUUUACGUAUAAUAUACAAUAUUAUAAUAAGUACUAUGUGUUAUAUAAUAAUAUAGAUACGAAGUGUAUGUACAUGUACUGAUUUUGGAUCUCUUAAUAUCUCUGUAAAAUCUGUAGGAACGCAUUAAUAUUGUUCUACAAAGAAAUAUGUUGCAUUUAAUGUUCCUACGACAAAAUCAUUGUUAAUUAGUCCAUACCUUUACAAUGUUGAUUAUUACACGUAAAUAUAGAUCAAUUAUUAUGUUUACCGUUAUGAGAAUAUUAAGUUCGACCUAAAAACAUCUGUGUUUUACGUAUAAAAAGAGAGAGAAAUAAACGCUGUAAUUUUGAACAACUAUACAUUAUAUAUAUUUAUAAUAUAUUAUGUAUGUUGUAAACGUUAUUAUUAGAAUAAAAUGAACAUUUAUAAAUAUAUAGCUUAUAUUUAAAAGACACUAAUAAUAUAAUUGUCGUUUAAGUAGUUUUUUAAAAUAUCUAUAUGUUAUAAAUAUUUAUUUGUUUAUGAUUAUUUUAUUUUUUGCAUUAAUAUAACUAAUUAUAUUAUAAUACGGGUAAAACUUGUUCAACUGAUGGUGCAAAUACAUAUUAUACUUAUAGUGAACAUUAAUGUGACCUCGUAAGGAGUAUCAAGUGCUUUUUUUCAUUCUUAUUAAUUUGGUUUAUGUUUGUUUGAAAAAACAAAAACAAAAACAAUUAUUAUUAUUAUUAUUAUUAUAUUAUAUUAUAUUAUUAUUUUUUUUUAUUAUUAUUAAAUAGGUACAUUAUAAUUAUAAAUAUUAUUUUUUUUUAAUUUUUAUUGUAGUUAAUAUGAAAAUCUUUUAUCAUUGUUUACAACUUCUGAGAUUAUAUAUGUGCGUGUGUCUAAAAGUCUGGAAACUUUGUUUAUGUUAUUAAUUGUCGGUGUUUUCUUAGUUUUUGACACACCUCAUGUAUGGUUUUUGGCGUACAAUGACAAUGAAAAUUUGUUUGUAUCCCUUCAAAUGUACAACAUUAUGUAGCCAUUACAUUUAUAUACUACCUAUAGUUUAAUGUUUAGUCUUUAGACGUACUCAACUUUAGUGUUGAUAGAAUAGUAUAUUCAUUAUUAUCAUUUUUUAAUAUAUUUUUUCCUUUUGUUUUUGAA